AGUUUUACCUAACCUCCUGCCUCUUCUUUCAUUCCGUCACUCUUUUGGUUUCCUCCAUUUUCUUUCCUUCUUGCCACUUAUUCUUUUUUCUCUCUCUUUCCUUCAUACCAAACGAAAUCUUAAAAGGGACAUCCGAACAUGCCCCAACUCCCUCAGAUGGUUCUGCAAGCCUUCCCGGAGAAGAAUUCUGGGGAAUUCAAGGCAGAGGAAGUCCAAAUGUAAGGUCAAAUCUCGCACGAGGGAUGUUCUUUCUGCGCAGUUGGCCGCUAGUCCUGGCCGCAGAUAUGGCGGCAUAUGAGACAAUUGACGUGGCGUGCGCCGAAACGUGAAACGGCAUCGUAUUGACAAAUAUAAGCGCCACCCAUCCUCCUAAAAAAGGUGUUGGUUCACGUUCCACCCGGCUCAUUUUAGCCGUACAUUCGCUCUCUCUCUCUCUCUCUCUCUCUCUCUCUCUCAUCCGUGUAAUUGCUCCGGCGAUUCAUCGAUCUGCGCUGUCCGUGUUUCUGCAGGGAUUGUUGUGAUUUACGCAGUUCAGAUUAGCUAGUGUUUUUUUUUUAAUUAUUUAAAAAAAAAUUUGUUUGAGGUAUCUGUUUCCCCUUCCUUUCUUUUUUUUUGGGGAUCGAAGAGGGCGAAAUUUGAAUGGCGUCGAAUUUUGAUCGGUGGGAGAAGGAUCCGUUCUUCUCUGCGGCUGAGGAAGUUCAGGAGUCCGCAGACAGGAUGGAAUCUACAUAUAGAACAUGGAUUCAUACAGUGAAAGACACUUCUAGUAUGUGGAAUUCUGAAGAACUCCGCCGGGACUUACAGACUGCCCUUGGCACCACCAAAUGGCAGUUGGAAGAGUUUGAACGUGCUGUCAAAUCAAGUUAUGUUAGUAAUUCAUCUGAUGAUGCCAAAGAUAGGCAUCGUGAAUUCAUUACUGCAAUUGAUGCCCAGAUUUCAAAAAUGGAAAACUCCUUAAAAGAAUCGGCCCUUUUAGAGGACAAGGCGUUGUUACCUUGGGUGCGUUUGGAUGAAGGAGAAUGUAAUGAACUGGCCUUGUUCCUAACAGGACCAACAUUCCCUGGUGAUAGGACAUCUGUGAAAAUCUAUUCUGCAGAUGCAAAAUUAGCAAACCCUCAAGAUAUGGAUGAAGAAUCAAUGCCUGAGUGUUCAAAAAGUUCUAGCCACUCGACUGAGCGGGCCCUUCCCGAGGCCAAGGAGGAGAAACUGCAUGGCCAUAGGAGGACAGCAAGUGCAAGUGCUGACAUUGGAGCCUGGAAGAUUGCUGUAGUCGAUGAUGGUUACCUACACAGUCCAUCCAAUGGACCACCUCAGCUACCGCCUCGAAAGGUACCCAGCUUUUCUGGGUUCUUAAGUACCAUGGAAUCUGCAUCAAAGUUGAAAUUCCCAAAGAAUGGUUUCAGAAAGUGGAAGAUUACAGAUCGCCAUCAAGAAUCUGAUACUACGUCAUUGCGACCUCCCCAUUUGAGUAGGGGCGUCAAUGUAUGUUAUGAAAAAAGCAAGAGUUGCCUUGAGAGUUGCGACGAUUGCUACGAUAAGCAACUGUAUGGUUGGUAUGGAGCUAUACAAAGACAGCUUCAGAGGUCUCAAUAUCAAAUGCAGUAUGGUCGGCCAAUUCAAGUGACCAUUUGGAUUCUUAUCUUACUUUGCUUGAUUGGUAAGCUGGUCAAACUUUCAGUAGAUGUUUUAGUUAUAAGUUUAUUUAGAAAAGUUCUCUAUCUUUCCCCCUCCCUUUUCCUAUGCUCUUUUUGUGCCUUAAGGCAUGAGUUUCUAGCUUUCUUGAUUUAUCUUGACAUCAUGCUUAAUGGAAAUGCCUUCAGAUUUUCUGUUUUAAGUUUAAGAUAUGUGGCCUUGUUUGGGAUACUGUGUGUUGCUGCUGCUGCUGCUGCUGAUGUUGAUGGGAGAGCUUUUAAGUGGGCUGCCCCUUUGACCAGUUUAAACACAAACCAGAAGCUGCCCUAAUGCUACAUCAAACUACCCCUUGUAUUUCAUGUUUUACAAUGCUAGGCUAGACUUAAAUCUACUGCAUGUAAAAUUGGUGGGGAUGUGGAGGAAAUGACGGGAUAAUUCCAGAUUGUAAUAUCUUUAUCUGGGAUAUGGCUUAUUCUUUGAGUUAGAUUGUUUUGACUUGGUUUUUGAUGUUUGAAAGAGGUUGAUUUAAUUCCCUGGUUGACUAAUUUGAUGGCACAAUAAUUCUUUUAAUUUGAAAUGACCAGCAAUGCAAGACAGUUGUUUGGUCUUCAUUGAGAUGGAUCUGUUUGGAACUGCAUAAUUGUUUUGCCGUGUAUAUACAUGUGUGUUAAGAGUGCACACAUGCAUGCUAUUUGGAUUUGCUUCAAGGCCUAAUCCGUAGUUUUGAAAAGUUUGGUAUUUGAACCUGCCAAUGUGCAGUCAGCCUAUUCUGUUUUGCAAACCCAUAAAAGAGUCUACCCAUGUCUUCCUAAAAUAAUUCAAAAAGAAAGCGCUUUCUUUUUUGGUAACACUGGAGGCUAAAGCCAAAACUGCAAAGCAGAGGACUACACAGUGGAGGUUAUAAUGCAGUAACCUAAUGAGACAGUCUGAAUUUCUCAAGGAGAGUAAUCCAGGAGGUAAGUUGAAAGUUCGAGAAGCAAACCAGCUGGCACAUUGUUUUCCUUGUAGUGAUGCUGAACAUCUUGAAAGAGGUCUCCUGGAACUGCAAGCCUCAAUGAUGAUGCGAAAUAAAUUUCUUGCUUAUUAAAGCUAUUGCCAUCUAGCAGUCCAUGUGAUGAAUGACUGGUACAUGCCUUCUCCCAAGCAACUUGAAGCAUUUUUAAGAGCAGCUGAAAUAUUCAGCUUUGGUGGCCAAAAGAACUCUAGUAAUCCAACUCCCAAUUAUCAACUCUGAUAAAUCCUCUGCUCCAGCUGGGCCUGUAUUGUCCAUAGAGCUAUCAUCUAUAUUAAUUUAAGUUCUUAACCACUUACCCAAAAGAAGUAUGAAGUUUAAUCCAGCUAUUUGGGGGUAAUUUCCAGUGAUUAUUAAAUUUUCGGUGCUGUUUAUGCUGGACUUUCAACUAGGUAACUUUAAUAGCUUCUUUGGCCUGCUGUAGGAUCUGAUGUCUGCAACAUUAUUUUGAACAUUAGCACGAGGUUCAAAGAUUCUAUUAUUCAUUCAUCCCCAAGACACCAAAUGGAAAAACCAAAAAUAGUAACCCACUCCAACUCUUUACAGGUUAUAGAAGAGCCUUUGCACAAAGUCUCAUCUAAGCAGUCAUUUAUUUUAAAGAUUUAUGAAAUGGUUCUGGUUUAGUUGGGGCAUUAAAUCUCUCCAAAUGAAAGGGACACGCUUUAUAACUCAUUAGAAAGAACUUGCUUUUCAUUUACUAUUAUAAUAUGUGUCACAAGUUUAAUCUACAUCCUUCCACAUUUUAAAAAAAUGCGUAGUUCAACAUGGUUAAUAAGAUAAAAUGCAACUUUGGAAAAGAAUAAUUAAAAAAAGACUAAGAUUUAGAAAUGUAUAUGUCAAUAAAUCAGCUUUGUUUUAUCAAGAGAGAUCUAUCACAAAUGCUAUACAUCUAUUAAAAAGAUUAAUGGAAAAUUUUUUAAGGAGAAGAAGAGGGAUUUGCAUAUGGGUUCAUUCAAUUAUAGAAGACUUAUGACGGGUAUUUAGCCCUAGCAUGAAGAGGCCAUUGAGGAUUUAUAUGAUAGGGUGAUGACUAGUGUUAGGACUAUAGAAGGGGAAAGUAGGGAGUUUCUAAUCACAAUAGGUGUACAUCAACAUUUGCAUUAACUCCUUAUCUUUUGCUUUAGUUAUGGAUGAAGAUACUAGACAUAUAUAAGAUGUCCUUCCUUAUAUGAUAUUCCAUUGAUAGAUGAAACUAUAGAAGGAAAUACAAUCAAAGUUAAAGCUAUAGAAACAGGCUUUAAAAUUUAAUUUUAGGUUUGGUUUGCAGAAUGGGAUAGGAUGGGAAUGGGAUAGUUGUUGUAUAGGGAUAUAAUAAUUAAAAAGGAGGUAGAUCCAUUCUAAGACAAAUGAUGAUGCACAAGUUGAUAUUAUCACGGUCAACAUGGAAUAGUCCAAAAAGACUUUCCCGUGGUGAGAUUGGAGAAUAAUCAUUUAUGGUCUCCUCCAUGCUAUCACUAACUUUUGAAUGGGCAUUUGCCUUAGGAUGUACCCUUUUUUUGGCAAAAUAUACAUGCCCAUACACUAGUCAUAUUCUUUGAACCAUAUGUAAUGUAAAGGUUUUAGGUAAGAAGAUAGAAUAUAUGAAAUGAGAGUUUGGUGAUUCUAGCAAGGAUAAUGAUGGAAAACUGAAUUGGAUGGUAAGAAAUUCGUAGGAGUGGUAGAUUCCAUUUCCUUAAGUGAUGUGGAACAGCAUCAAGGAAUUAUAGCCAAGAGAGAAUUGGGAGAAAUAUAUGAGAG